CUCAAUUGCAUUCAGAACAGCUCUUCAGAACUGCAUGGGUGCCACUGGAGUACACGUCUCUUCUCUUGUCAACUCGUCUUCUCUUCAUCAUGAUAAACACAUUUCACAGUAGCUACAAUCCCCCACCCGUGCCUCCACGGGCAGGGUACAGCAAACCCCAGCCAGUGGGAAAUACAGCUUUGGUCAAGAUUUUGUCAGUGAUUCUACUGAUGUUAAUGAUGCUGACAUUCGGAGGCUUCGUCUACAUGUUCAAGAAACUCAACCUGCUGCAGCUCCAUGGGAGUUAUCAUGAAGACGGGACGGACCUGCUGAGACUAGAGGACUGUCUGAAAGACAAAUUUGGAGAAAACUCAGAGGCAGAAUGUAGGGAACUGAUAUCGGUCAUAGAAAAGGUUUUACAAUCAAAUAAAAAAGUGUCUAGAUUAACUGCAGGACCAACUGGACCGGCUGCACACAUGGUUCUUUUCACCAAACAGAAAGAUACGAGUGAGUUCACAAGGUCAAACAACCUUUUUUGGGAUCUAGACCAUUCACUGAUACAGGAGGUACAGCUCAGCAGCAAAGGGGACAUGUUGAUCAUCCAAAAACCUGGAAUCUAUUUUAUCUACUCCCAAGUCACCUUCUCCAAACAAUCUAAAGGUGCAUUAAAGCAAGCCAUAAGGGUCACCGGACCCGAGAAACAGGAAGACAAGGAGCUACUCAAGGGUUUUUGCAGCUUGAAUGACAGGACAUCAAAUUUGUGCACAGCCUCCCUGGCGGGGGUGUUCCAACUACAGAAAGACCAAAAGCUCUAUGUUACAGCAACAAACACAUCCUUGGUGAACAGGGACUCCUGCAGCUUUGGAUUAUUCAAAUUAUGGUAAAGAACUCUCAGGAACUGAACUGUUCAAGAUGGAGAUAGAGAUGGAUGAUGCGAGACAGUGAGGAAAUUGAUGCACUAUAUUUAAACGGAUACCGUGAUGAUUACGUGACAUAUGAAAGAUUUCAGCUCCCACGGUGCACCUCUUCUCAUUGACGUCAAACCACAAUCCAAGUUUAGGGCAUACAAGGAAAUCACGUAAAUCUUUCUGAAUAAGGGAACCUCCUGGAAUUUCCUUUCAGCUUUAUCGUUCAUUGCAAAUAUAAUUCAAUAAGAAUACCAUGGAUGUUUUCAAACCACUAUAGUGGCAGUGUUUGUAUGGAAUUAUUUAUUGCUUUCCCCUUUUCUCUGUUUUUUCUGCUUCCCUUUUUUUAAUAUUUUAUAAAUUAUAAUAAUAAACUAUUGAAUUAAUAAUAAAUAUAUUUAUUUAGGUAUAUGUUUGACAAACUUAUAUCUGAUGCUUAAAUCUUACCUUGAGUAGGCUAUUUAUUUUAAAUUUAGGCAACAAACUUUAAAAAAAAAAUCUGUUCC